AUGGCCGACGAGUGGAAAUCUCAUGAAGAUGUUCUUUUACUCGAGGGGAUCAAGAAAUAUGGAACCUUUAGAUGGGAUAAGAUAUCAACAUCGUUUCUUCUCUCCCAGCGAAGCAUCGAUGAAUGCAAAGAAAGGUUCAAAUCUUUCGUUGAACCAAAGGCAUGGACCUAUGAAGACGACAAAAAACUACGCGAAUUAGCUCAUAUUCACCAGCCUUCGUGGACUACUAUCGGUGGAUUGAUGGGCAGAGACCCCAAUUUAUGCUAUCAGCGCUUUAUGUCACUUCCUUCUACAUCGGUUUCACAGAAAGUGGAAAUCCCAACACCAAUCCUUGGAGAUAAGCCGAAAUUGGCCAAACAGAAGGGCCGAUGCAUGAAACGGAAGUGGAUUGAUGUUUAA